AUGAUAGACCAGUCGCUGGAAUUGCUUGAUGUCAAUGAGAGUGAUGACGACGGUUGUACAGCGCUUCAUUGUCUAGUGAAAAAUCUGGAUCAGGUUGAUGCUGUCCGCCAUCUUGUGAGUCGAGGUGCAGAUGUGAAUGCAAUUGACCAAAGGAGAAAUACUCCCCUUUAUGAAGUGAUGAAGGGUACAAUGCUCAGGAUGAUGUAUGAGCAUGGAAACUCUGAGCCAAUUCUUGAGCGCCUUAAGCACGAGAUGAGAUCAUUCAAAUCCUGCUGGAGGUCGGAGCCUCCGAAGAACUAUCAAGACGGCCGGAGAGACACCAAAACAGGUACUAGAUGGUGA